GGUCCACACCUUUAAAAAGCCUCUUCAGACUAUCCAGGUAAAAGCUAAGCCUUUAGUAUUGGUGCCAGAGGAGCUGGCACACUGCAUCCACCUACCAUCCUGGAUAGAUGUCCUUUUUUAUAGUGCUUCUUUCUGUCUAGGACUCAGAUCAUCGAAAACUUCACCCCAACUCGGCCUCAGCUUCGGCCUCUCCCAUCUCCCUCUCCAAGUUCAAGGCAAUAGCCAUGAACUGGUCCGGUCUGGAGGAGCUCAUCAGUGGAGUCAACAAAUACUCCCACAGCCUUCGGCCGGUCUGGCUCUCCAUAGUCUUCAUCUUCCGGAUGAUGGUUUUCGUUGUGGCAGCUCAGCGUGUGUGGGGUGAUGACAGCAAGGACUUUGUCUGUAACACUCUCCAGCCAGGGUGCAGCAACGUGUGCUAUGACCACGUCUUCCCCAUCUCCCACAUCCGUUUGUGGGCCUUGCAGCUCAUCUUUGUCACAUGCCCCUCACUGAUGGUCGUUGGGCACGUCAAAUUUUCGAGAGCAGAAGGACAAUGAAGUACACCACUUCCCACGAUGGUAAACUCUGUAUGCCAACCCUGGAAGAAACGUGGGGGAUUGUGGUGGACGUAUUUGGUGAGUCUGAUCUUCAAGGCAAGCUUUGAUGCUGGCUUCCUCUAUCUCCUGUUCUACAUCUACCAUGGUUAUGAUCUGCCCCGCUUGUACAAGUGUUCCCUGGCGCCUUGCCCCAACAAGGUGGACUGCUUCAUAUCCCGCCCCACAGAGAAAAAGAUCUUCACACUGUUCAUGGUGGUCUCCUCUGCUGUCUGCAUCUUGAUGUGCAUCUGUGAGAUGGUUUAUCUCAUCAGCAAACGCAUCCAGAAAUGCAUUAGAAAGAAGAUGGAAGCAGACAGAAAGAUGUUUGUAGAGCAACAUGAGAUGGCGCCACUGGCACGGCCAAGGUCAGAGUUCAAGUCUAGUACCUCCAUCAGGGUGGAUCCCACAGCCUCGGUCCAGAACCUCAACAACAUCAGGGCUGAGCAGGCCCCAUCUCAGAAAAAGUAAUGUCCUGUAUGGGAUGGACUGUGUUCUGGAACGAAGCUAAGCACUUAAAGCGCAUGAAUCAGACUCAGCACAGAUAUUCAUAGCAAUAAGGAAGAAAAGCCUUCCCUUCAGGGAUUUUUAACAGGAAUAAAUUAAUGUCAUUAUGAUCAUCUCAAAGAGAACAUGGCUUAUGUAGCAAAAUGUACUUACACUAGAAAUGACAAAUCCUUGCACCGUUUUUUUGU